AUGCCCAUCCCGGGAGCAUUCGAUAUGACCCUGCAGCGAGAUCGCGGCGCGACACCUCGUCUUUCGGGCGCCAAAUCACACAUCUUCCACCCUCCACGAGCGCACUCCGAUUCAGCAUCCUCGUCUAUGAUCCUUACACGGUCUACUACUUCCAUCAUCUCUACAUCUACAGCAAAUACAUCUACAAGUCGAACGGGAUGGGUUGGGCCGAGGAAGCGUUCGCGCGCCGAGGCUGGGAACGAAACUCCACCUAGGGAAGAGGAAUGGCCGGCCUCGAUGGUCAACAGCUCCGAAGCAGCGGGUGCAGAUUUGCGUCCCGGGUCUCCGAUGCCGUUUGUGAAUACGAAAUAUGUGCUGGCCGGGGGGAUGGAUACACCUACUCUGAAGGCCGCCCAGUUAGCUAUUGGCGGAGUUGGCGAGUAUUCAGAUGUUGGAUAUAGGAAGUCGCUGGGCGAGGACGGAAUGAAUUCAACUAGAAGGACACUAUUUGUUGAUGGGGAGGAGGGACCGGGUUAUUUCUCUGCGGAUGACCUGGGGAGGGAUGCUAAUGGGAGGGGAAGAGGAUGGAAUAGCCCGGCGGGCGAGGGUUGGAGCAAAGCCGCAAUUCAUGUUGCAGGAGCUGUUGUUGGGAAGGUAUGGGAGUUCUGCAAGAAUAGCGGAGCUGUGUUUCGAGGCUUCCAUGCUGGUGGCGGAGAAGGUUACACGAUCAGCAAUACGGGAGGAAUUCCCUUGUACAGCGGCGAGCAGAAUGAUAAUUUAUGGGAGACGGAGAAGACCUCAGCUUGGGGUCCACCUGAUAGAGGCUCAACGCCGCUUCCAGGUCGAUUUCCGGAGGAGGAUUUCAUCCCGGAUUAUCUAGAUCGCCCAGCACCAGACUCAGAUCCCCGUCCAGCUAAACGCCGUCAAGUUAGCAAGAACAGUCAAGAUGAGAUAGCGAAAAAUUGGGUCGUGGUUCCACCUCCGACUACGCCAAGCACACCUUCAAAAGCUCAACCUCGAGGGGCAGCAAGAUACAGCAUGCCAACUGCUUCCUCUGCCAGCCGCCGCUCAACAGCAACGGCAACCGCUUCACGCCCGGCAUCUCGCGCUGGGUUCGGACCGUCCGCAGCACCUCGCAGGCCGAUGCUUGCACGAAUCUCUCAUGCGGGAUCGCCUGCUCUGAAUCCUUCUCGUGGUGCAAGCUUUGCAAGUCCACGUUCAAGCCCCGGCAGCAAGAUUCCGCGGGCCAGCCCAAAGCGAGAUGUUACUUCGCCGGAGAAGAAAGUGCUCGAUAGCCCAGCAGCAAAAGAAGCGCAAAGAUGGGCCGCCUUAAAGAAGAAGGAGGAACGGGAAGCAGAUGAAAGUAUCAGAAGGCUGGACAGGCAAUUGAAGGCUAUGAUUAGAGAGGGCAAGGAGGCUUUGGGUACUAGGAUCGAGGUUGAUAUGGAAGAUGAUGUUGCGUUGGGCAGAAGCGGCCUUGGAAAUAAGAAGCGAGCUGUCUGA